ACCCCAACCCCAUCCAUCAUCAACAUUGCUUAGUCUUAACCAUAGUUCCACCACCAUCUUCUCAAGGCUACAACUUAAAAGCUUAACCAGAAAUGGAGAAAUCACAACGCUGGAGUUACGUGAAAGACAAGGCUAUAAUCUCCAACCUUGCUGAACAAGAAUGGGAGAAUAGCAUGGAUGGGGAAGAGGAGGAUGCAGGAGAUGAAGACAAAAGGAAGAGAGUGACGGAGAGAGCUAGGGAUACUAACACAGACCUUGUUCCACCGCGGCUAUGCCAGGUCCAUAGGUGCACUGCUAAUUUAACUGAAGCCAAGCAGUAUUACCGCAGACACAAAGUCUGUGAAGUUCAUGCAAAGGCAUCUGCUGCAACUGUUUCAGGCGCCAAGCAACGUUUUUGUCAACAAUGCAGCAGGUUUCAUGAGCUACCAGAGUUUGAUGAAGCUAAAAGAAGUUGCCGGAUGCGCCUAGCUGGACACAAUGAGAGGAGAAGGAAAGUUUCUGGUGACAGUUUCGGCGAAAGGUCAGGCCGGAGAGGGUUUAGGGGUCAACUGAUCCAGACUCAAGAAAGAAACAACGUAGACAUGAAACUUCCUAUGGCCAACACAUCAUUCAAACGACCAUAGAUCAAAUAAACAAUAUCAACACACCAGCUCUCUCUCUUCUGUCAUCUACUUAUGGUCUAUAUCUACAUUAUCUUGUUAUCCAAAUAAUGGCAUCUAACUAUGUCAAGAAAAAUGAAUCCUACACCAAUAUAUAACUACAAAAGUCUAGUACCCUUUAUGCUGUCAUAUGAAGGAUGGCUAUCCACAAAAUGUAAUAAGAGCUUUGCAUACUCUUACGUCUACUUAUGUUUAAUAAUGAUUAUGAUAUGUUUUUACUCUUGAGUCUCAAAUUGAUCCAAGCUUACUGAAACUUAACGAUGACCACUGAGAUAUCAUCUGAGCUUCUGCGAGGUGCAUUGCGGCAGACUUUGCAUCUUUUGUUCCCUUUAUCGAGUCAACGGCCUCUUGGUUCGA